UCCCCCCUUUCUCAGGGAGGUUGGUUAAGAGAGCAUAUGAUGCAUUGUUGUUGGACGCUGGUGGCACUCUUUUGCAAUUGGUGAAACCUGUCGAAGAGAUUUACGCAUCAAUCGGCAGAAAAUACGUUGGAGUUUCUCUAAUGACUAGUGAUCCAUGUUCAAACCUGACCGGCGGUCUCAUCAUAUCCAACACUGAAACCAUUCGAUCAUUCCUCAUCACAGCCUCUAAUGACCCUCUUCUGUCCCUAGACCUCCGGAAAACUGCUUCUGACCUCUCUGUCCAACCAUCCAUGCCUUACAAAUCUCUUCGAUCCGUCUGGUUUGCUUCCUUGCCUUCUACCCGACCUGACCUUCUAUGCCUAUUCUCCGGAUCUGAUUUCGUCUUCACCAGCCCCAAGCCCAGAGAAAAGAGUGAGGAAUUGAAGGCGAGACUGAGGAAGCUCGAGGAAGUAGCGGAGAGGAAAGCGUAUCAGGAGCUUGUGAAAGAUAUUACGCCAAGGAAGGAGACAGAUGAACCAUUCUCGUCUUACAAAGAUCAGCUAGGUUUUGGUUUACAUGUUGCACUGACAAUGUUUACUGGCUAUUUGGUUGGAUAUGCUGCAUUCAGAGCACUUUUUAGCCACAGUCCUGUUAUGAAUGCUGCUGGAGGCAUCCUGGGUUUGGUUUGCGCUAUGCUCUUAGAAACGCUUCUUUUCAUAAUUCGAACUUCCAAUCAAGAUCUUAGAUCAUCUUCUUCCACUUCCAAGCUAAAGAAGGAUCAAUAGAUUUGGUGUAGAGGUUGGUGCUCUCCCUCAUUCUUGUGGUUGUUAGACUUGUAAAAUUUAUUAAGUGAUUUUUCGUUUUGAUUCAGUUGAAUUAAGAGGCAGUUGUCCUGUAGUCCUUCACUCUCAAAAUUUGCAACAAGUCAAGUUAGAUUAUGUGUGGACUUUCAUUUUCUAUUUAAUGUAUGGUUUGUGAUCCAUAAGGAGGUUCAAAGGGUACGGUUUAGUUGUAGUGGUUGAAAAGAAUUUUGAA